GAGGAGUCUAAAAAGACAACAGAUACAUCAAAAACUAAAUCAAAAGAGGAAGAGUCAAAACUUAAAGACAAAAAAUCAAAAGACUCUUCUGAUAAACGAAGUAAAAAGGACUCUGAAAGAGAUAAAAAAGAUUCAGAUCGGAGUAAAAAAGUUUUGGACAAAGAUAAAAAAGAACCAGAUUCUAAAGACAAGGUUAAAAAGGAUGACUCAAAGGAGAGUGCAAUCAAAGCUAAAGAUGUACGUGAAGCAGAAAAAAAGAAAAAUGAAGAGUUCAAGAAAAAAGAGGAUCGUGAUAGUCGAGCACGUCGUGGAACGACUCGGCGUGAACGAAUUGAACGACGUCAUAGUAGUGAUGAAGAUAGCAACAAAGAUGACUCCAGGCGCUCCUCAAAAUCAAGGACACGAUCAGAUCGUGUGUUGAGUCGACGUGAUCGUAGCUAUCGCAGGAAAACAUCCCGAGACCGGUCAGAAUCUCCUGGGAGUGAUCGCUUGAAAAAUAAAUCAGUUCGAUCCAAAAGCAGAUCAAGAUCUCCUCAUUCCCCAAGAUCGAAAUCAUCAAGAGGAAACAGCAGAGAAAAUAGUCGUGAUCGCCAACGACCUCUCGGAAGAUCUGAAGAUCGUAGAUCUCCAAGAUCUCAACGGGAGUCUCUAAGAAGAGGACGGAAUGAGUCUGGGCCAAGAAAUGAAUGGGGACCCUUGAAUCGUGAUGGGCCACCUUCUAAAAGGGCCAAGCAAGAUGAAGACCAGAAAAAUGGGUCUCGUAUGGAUGCAGACUUAUCUGAAUUAUUUGGGAGCGAAGACAAGGAUUACCGUAAUGGCCCCGAGAGUGCUCCUGCCGGUCUAUCAUUACACAUCCAACCUCCUAGCCCCCGUAUGUUCCCACCCCCCAGGCGUGCCUCUCUGCUGUCUCCGCUGUCCCCCGAAGCCCAGAAAAUAGAGAUACCCAAGGAACUUGCACUCAACAAAUGGGAAGACAUCAUCCGUCAGGCUGAACUACAGCUGCAGUCAGGCCAGCUGAGUCAUGAGCAACACCAAGUGCUCCUGAAGCAGCUCAGCCAGCUUUAUGAGCUACAAAUCCAGAGACAAAUAGUUCGAGAUGAGAAAGAUGAAAAUGCUCCAGUUGGCAAAGAUGUCACCUCUCCAUCUCCUCUUGAUGCUGCAAUUUUAGAGUCUAGGGUACUUCCUACAAAUGAGCGAAGAGGGCCCCCAGCUGAUAUGAGAGAUCCUAGGGGGCCUCCACCCAAUGUGAGGGAUCCUAGAGGUCCUCCACCUGAUAUGAGAGAUCCUAGAGGGCCUCCACCGGAUCUGAGAGAUCCAAGAGGGCCUCCUCCUGAUUUGAGAGAUCCUAGAGGUCCUCCACCAGAUAUGAGAGAUCCUAGAGGGCCUCCACCGGAUCUGAGAGAUUCAAGAGGGCCUCCUCCUGAUAUGAGAGAUCCUAGAGGUCAUCCACCAGAUAUGAGAGAUCCUAGAGGACCUCCACCUGAUAUGAGAGAUCCAAGAGGACCUCCACCUGAUAUGAGAGAUCCUAGAGGGCCUCCACCAGAUACAAGAGAUCCAAGAGGGCCUCUACCGGAUAUAAGAGAUCCUAGAGGGCCUCCACCAGAUAUGAGAGAUCCUAGAGGGCCUCCACCUAAUAGAAGAGAUCCUAGAGGGCCUCCAGCUGAUAUAAGGGAUCCUCGAGGCCCUCCACCUAAUUUGAGAGAUCCUAGAGGGCCUCCACAUGAUAUGAGAGAUCUUAGAAGGCCUCCACAUGAUAUGA